UUCUAUGCAGAGAAAAAAUUGUAAUGGAUUUACCUCUAUCUUUCAUAUUACCGGUAGCUACCAUAUUCUGUUUACUGGUCUUUGGUCAUCUGGCAUGGAUAAAAGCUCAAGUUAAUAGCAGCAAUUACAGGAAGGGAAAAAAAGUACCGGAAGCUGCGGGGUCAUGGCCGAUAAUUGGUCACUUGCAUCUUCUAGCUGGUUCUCAAGUGCAUCACAAACUGUUGGGGUCUAUGGCUGACAAGUUUGGACCCAUUUUCACUAUAAAGCUUGGUGUUCAUCCUGUUUUAGUUGUUAGCAAUUCAGUGAUGGCCAAAGAGUGCUUGACUACGAAUGACAGAGUUUUUGCUAGCCGACCAAAAGCCAUGGCAAGCGAGCUCAUUGGCUACAACUAUGCCUCAUUUGGCAUCGCCCCAUAUGGUCCAUACUGGCGUGAGAUACGCAAGAUAACUGUGGUUGAACUGCUGUCUCACCAAAGUCUCAAAAUGAUUGCACAUAUCCAAGUAUCUGAAGUGAAGUCAUCCAUAUCAGACAUGUAUAGAAAUUGUAAGAGAAAUGAACGGUCUUCUGAAAUGAUGACAAAAGUUGAUAUGAAAGAAUGGUUUGGAAACUUGAUGCUGAACAUUGUUGUGAGAAUGAUAUUUGGCAUCCGUGCUUCCCAUGGUGACCAAAAUGAAGAUCAAUACAAGAAGGCUAUUAGGCUGAUUUUUGUACUAUUUGGUGCGUUUGUGCCAUCCGAUGCCAUUCCUGAGUUGAGGUGGUUGGAUAUAGGAGGAUAUGAGAAGACCAUGAAGAAGACAGCAAUCGAAAUGGAUGCUAUGAUCGAUGGAUGGUUAGAAGAGCACAAAAAGAUGCUUAGUAAUAAGCAGCAGGUAAAGGAGAGCACAGACCGAGGUUUCAUGGCCAUGUUGUUAUCCCGUUUUGAAGAACAAGAAAAGGAUCUUUAUGGAUUCAGCACUGAUGUGAUUGUGAAAUCAACAUGCAUGGCAUUGUUACUAGCAGGCACUGACACCACAAGUGCGACUUUAACAUGGACAUUAUCUUUACUAGUCAAGAAUCCUCUGGUUUUGCAAAAAUCACAAAAAGAGCUCGAAAAAUAUGUGGGAAAAGAUAGAUUUGUCGAGGAGUCGGAUCUAAAGAACUUGGUCUAUCUUCAAGCAAUUAUAAAAGAAACGAUGCGACUUUAUCCUGCAAUACCACUUUCUCUUCCUCACGUUUCCACCGACGACUGCAUUGUCGGUGGCUACACUGUCCCUAAAGGGACUCGCCUUUUGGUAAAUAUAUGGAAAAUUCAGCAUGAUCCUGAAGUAUGGACUGAUCCCUUUGAAUUCCAACCAGAAAGAUUCUUGACAAGCAAUAAGGAAAUCGAUGUCAAGGGUAAACAUUUCGAGUUAAUUCCCUUUAGCAGUGGUAGAAGAAUAUGCCCCGGAAUCACUUUUUCUCUUGAGGCAAUGCAGUUAAUAUUGGCCAAUAUAAUACAUGGAUUUGAGUUCCAAAAUCCAUCAAAUGAUAAGAUUGACCUGACUGAAAGCCUUGGAUUGUCAAAUGUCAAAGCUUCUUCGCUUGAGCUCUUUGUUUCUCCAAGACUAUCCCCACAUGUGUAUGAAGUGUCCACCUAGGCCUUAAUGUACUGCAACUCCAUCUGUAGCACCCUUUUAUCGCGAGCCUCUGCUAGACGGUAUACGAAAAUAGGUAUCCUUUAUAAUAAAAACACCAUCUAUAAGUGAGUAAUAGAUUUUAUACUACGUACUCCGUAUAUAAAUACAUAAAACAAGCACGCCAUGUAUGUUUCUCAUUAUGUUACUCACGGUACGUAUUUUUUCCCCUUGUUUUUAAAUCGUAUGUUAUUUAUAUUGUGUCAA